AUGCCUUCUAACGACUCCGAGCACUCGGCCACCGACAUCAUCACCUACAUCGGUGUGCCGCUAGCCGUCCUCGGCGUCUUGCCCAUCCUCUAUAAUACCGUUGCUACGCUAGCUGCCCUAUCCAAGAUCAAGCGCAUGCUCCGGCACGGCCGACUGACGGCUUUAACACGCAGCGACGUCGUGAACCGCGUCAUCGAGGUCGAGCUGCCGCGCUACGCCGUCACGCCUUGCGACCGGUUCGCCGAGACGGACCUGUACUGGCGGCUGUCGCGCCAGCCGAGCUCGAUCCCCGGCGGCUCGUGGACUACCUUCAACUGGCAGUCGCGCGCAAUCGGCGCCAAGACCCAGCGCGUCGAGUACGCCGACCAGCUGCGCCAGCCCCAAGUCGACGUCGUCUUCUCCGAGCUCGUGGCCUACCUCCUCGAUCUUGGUGCCGUCCCGGACGGCCACGGCUGGAAGCUACUACGCUCCACGGGCCUGUGGACCCCGACCGGCUGCGCCCUCAUGAAGUCACCCGACGGGUUCCACGACGCCCUCACCAUCGCGCCCCUCGACGACUCCGACGGCCAUCUGUCUCUCAAGGCGAACUGGUCCUCGGACUGGACCACGAGGGACAUCUCCUCUCUGCCCCCGUACUGGAUAAAGCUGCCACCGCCCCCGCUGCCGCCACCCGCGAAGGCUACCGAAGACGCCGAAUCUGCGAGCGGCUCCGCGCCGCGAGACGAAGAGACACGCUCUUCGUCGGAGAGCGCUCACGGGAAGGAAGACGGAGGAAAGGACGGGAAGAGUCUGCGCAGCAAGGAGUCCCUAGACUCGAUCCAGAAGCAGGUCGAGAAGAACGCGAGAGCGACCAUCACGUGCCAGAUCUCGGUGGUCGGGCUCGUCGCGGCCCUGACCCAGGACGAGGACGGGAUGCCGAUCCGGCCGUCGACGGCCGGCCCGCAGAGCCUGUACAUCGAGCACCUGCGAACGCGGGGCGGGGGCGGGGGGCUGACGGCCGGGGCGUGGUUCGCGAGCGUGGCGACGGCGUACGGGACGAGCAGCCAGACGGUGCUGUGGAAUUACCAGGUGCCGGAGGCGGUGCUCGGGUUCGCGCGGCGCGACACGGUGCCGUGCGGGGUGCUGGUGCUGCUCGGCGUCGUCGACGACGCCGACACGCCCGAGUGGGACGCCGGCGCCGCCGCCAACGACGCCCAGGAGCAGGCCCGCGACCUCUUCAUCCGCCGCACCCACGAGCACCACGCCGCCCUCCAGGCCGAGGCCCGCAUGCCCCCGCCCCAGCGCGAGGCCGCCGCGCGCGACCGCAUGCAGCGCGAGAUGGCGCAGCGGAUGCAGGACAUGCGCGACCGCACGCGCCUCGAGAACCAGCGGCGCGAGGCGCGGACCUCGGAGGCGCUGCAGAGCCCGAAGUGGGACGCGAAGCUCGUCGCGGAGCACAACCUGCGGUGGCUCGCGCGGCGCAGCGAGGAGCGGGCGGGGUCCCCCGGCGGCGGCCCGCCGGGCUUCCACGUCGGCGCGGCGCAGUCGCUGCGCGACGUCGUGGGCGCGCUGCUGCACCGCAUGGUGCUCGACGGCGCGUUCGCCGCAUCGAUCUGCCGCAUGCUGGACUUGUGGAAAGCGUGGGCGGACAACGGCGGCAUGCGCCGGUCCGACCUCGAGGCGCUGCGCGCGGCCCAGGAGGCGUUCGCGCUGGCGAGCCUGCUCGUCGCGCUGCUGCGCGACACGUCGACGGCCCACGAGGGCACGCUCUCGCUCGACCUGCAGGAGUGCCUGCGCAUGUGGAGGAUCGUGCGCCUCGGCUGA